AUGUCCUCUCUUCUCUCCCGCUUAAACCCUGUUCCUUCCUUUCCUGCUUACACAGGCCCCUACAAUGUCGGUACUCAGGAGCUAGAGAUACCAAUCUCAGAUCUACCCACGAGCAAUCCGCCUCCGGACGCGAACGUAACCACUGUCAGCUUCCGACUUUUCUACCCUUGCGAACCUACGAAGCCCAAAUCCGUGUACUGGUUACCGAGUCCCCAAGGGGAAUAUUUCCGCGCAUAUGCUCGAUUCUUAAGCGCUGGUCCUCGACUGGCAUCGUUUCUCAGCUACCUACCAAUUCUCCGCCUCGUUUUCCAUACCACGAUCCCUGCUUCGCAAGACGCGCCACUCCUUCCUCCGCCAGAACAGAUAGGACGAUGGCCGGUCAUGGUAUUUUCACACGGCCUGGGGGGAACGAAAAAUGCCUACAGCCACUUGACUGGCUCAUUGGCAAGCCAUGGAAUGGUAGUCGUAACGCCGGAGCACAGAGACGGCAGUGCUCCGAUAUCCGUUAUACAUUCUACGGAUGGAUCCCCACGAAAAGUUGUGGAUUACCGAGCUCUUCCCCACAAGCCGUCGCCGGAGGUGGAUGAGAACCGGAACACGCAGCUGAAAAUACGGCUUUGGGAGUUGGGCACAAUACAUGAAGUGCUGCUCAAACUCGACCGCAAUCCAAUGCAAUUGCACAACAUUGGAGCUCGAACUUCUCAGGGUCCUGGUCUUUUGGCCAUGUUCGCCUCCGCGCUCGACGUCCACACACCGGGCAAGAUCUCCUGGUCCGGCCACUCAUUCGGGGCAGCAACAGUGGUGCAAUUUAUCAAAUCGGUCUACUAUCAUGAAUCUCACCCAUCCAAUGGCUACGCACCGCUCUACCGUCCAACUUCGGAUUCCUCACUAGUCUCUCAAGUGACACCCUCUUCAACCAUAACCCUCCUAGAUCUUUGGACCCUUCCACUCCUGAGUAGUUCGACUUCCUACCUCUGGUCCAAACCGCUUCCCGCUUACAAAUCGAGGAGUGGGUCUCCGCCUUUGGCCGUUCUCAGCGAAGCGUUCUUCAAAUGGACCUCCAACUUGCGGGAAACGAAACGCGCCAUCUCGUCACCUGUAGGGGAAACCUCCGCUCUGGUAGCAAAACCGCACAUUUUCUAUCCCAUCGCCUCAGCACAUCUUUCGCAGUCGGAUUUUGGCCCAUUAUUUCCGUGGGCAACGAGAAAGAUUUUCAAGGUGGAGGAUCCUGAACGUACAUUGCGUCUCAAUGUUCGCGCGAUAUUGGAGUCGUUGAGGAGGAGUGGUGUCAAAGUCGCAGACACUUCCGCUUUGGAUAUGGAAUUGGAAAUCUCUAAUACGCCUGGUUUGGAGCAGCCGGAAGGGGAUCAGGCCUUCCAGUUGGCUCAAGACCACAAGAUACUGGCGACAGACGGGUCAAUCAAAGGAUGGAUGUCCAUCCCACUCGACGACAGCAGUGCCUUUGCUAAUGCGAACGGGCAUGCCACGGAGACCAAGCACCCUAGCGACGCGAUGAUACAGGGCGAGGUCAUGAAGGAGUAA